CGCUUGACUGACCCGAGGUGGGGGACCUGGAAGUUUUAGCCUCGCUGAUCCCGAGGCGGAUUAAUUAGCCCAAGAAACAUUAUAUUCAUGCUUAGGUGGAGAAAAGCAGGGCUAGAAUUGGAACUCAAAGCCCAGAAUGGCAGGAGAGGAUGUGGGGGCUCCACCCGAUCGCCUCUGGGUUCACCAAGAGGGUAUCUACCGAGACGAAUACCAGCGCACGUGGGUGGCCGUCGUGGAACAGGGGACGAGUUUCCUAAGGGCACGAAUCCAGCAAGUUCAGGUUCCCUUAGGUGACGCAGUUAGGCCAAGUCACCUUCUUACAUCCCAGCUACCUCUCAUGUGGCAACUCUACCCUGAGCAGCGCUACAUGGAUAACAACUCUCGCUUGUGGCAGAUCCAGCAUCAUUUAAUGGUCAGGGGAGUACAGGAGCUGUUGCUUAAGCUUUUGCCUGAUGAUUAACCCGGUGCUGGGAUUCUAGGACGAAAUGCUCCUCUGUUCUGUUCAGUAUAUGGCAAUCACUUCAUCCACCACUGCAGUGCACCCACCUGUGGGCC